ACGUAACGGAGAAAAAGCAGGAAAAAAGUGGGGGAAGAGGGAGGAGAUAGACGGAGGGACAGGCUGUACGUAACCACGAGCACCCUCGUAGCGGCGGAAGACGAGAUUCAAGCUUCCAGUAGCAACAGAAGCGGCAGAGGAAGGACCCAAAUGACCCGAAACAUACGGAUUAAACCCUGCCGGCCGGCCGCCUGAACGCCCUGCUGUUACUAGAGAUGCCGAGGAGGUGCGUUAGCAGCGUGUAGCAGCGCGGUGUCGCUGGUUUUAAGCUCGUUUCGGGAUAAAUUUGCGCAUUUUCUAUUGCUAGCCUACUGUAGUCCUAUUCAGCAUCUGCUCUAAACGCCGGACCGCAGGCUACGAUGAUCCACGACUCGUGACAACCGCAGCACAGUCACACACACACGCACAUAUAUACGUUGGAGUGAUUGACUGUUGGUUUUCUGUCGUGGGGUCUUGUCUUCAUACAGUUGCCUAACCUACCUCCAUAUCUGGCAACCUGUCUCUCCAGUCGUAUUCUUCCCAAUGCUGGGUUCCUGAUGGCUAGAGUGAACUGACCCUUUGUCACACAUUUGAAAUCAAAAGGAAGUGAGAGGACCAUUUAUACAAGUGGCUGAAAGCAAAAGCAAAAAGGUAUCAUGUCUUCCAGAGACCGGCGCACUGAUCUGCACAUAAAGGCGGAGCCCAGCAGUCCAGAAGGUGGAGGAGGUGGCGGCAGGGCCAGUCCAGGUGGCGCUUCCUCAGAUUCCUCGCAGAGUGGCGGAGGAGGCAAUCGGGGGGAUGGUGCUGGACGCUACUCCUCACCCACAUACAGCCCAGCCCUUCGCUGUCACUUCAAGGAGGAUGGCGCAGAUGCAGCGGACGAGGGCUCCACGGGCAGCGGAGGUGGCCGCUGUAAAUAUGCCCUCAGCACUCUCCCCAAGAGGCUGUGCCUAGUGUGUGGAGACGUAGCCUCUGGCUAUCACUAUGGCGUGGCCUCCUGCGAAGCCUGCAAGGCUUUCUUUAAGAGAACCAUACAAGGCAACAUUGAGUACAGCUGUCCAGCAUCCAACGUAUGUGAAAUCACCAAGAGGCGCAGGAAGGCCUGCCAAGCAUGCCGCUUCACAAAGUGCCUCAAAGUUGGCAUGCUUAAAGAAGGAGUCCGUCUAGACCGUGUGAGAGGGGGGAGGCAAAAGUACAAGAGACGACCAGAAGUGGAGAAUGCAACAUAUCAGAGUGCCCCAAUCCCUAUAAAGAAAGAAGGAGAGAGAGGCUCUCCCAGCAUUAUCGUAUCCCACUUGUUGGUGGCUGAGCCUGAGAAGCUGUUUGCCAUGCCGGACCCUCUGCAGCCAGACACGGCUCAACGCACGCUCACCACCCUGUGUGACCUGGCUGACCGCGAGCUCGUCGUCAUCAUCGGCUGGGCCAAGCACGUCCCUGGAUUCCUGUCUCUAUCCCUGGCUGACCAGAUGUCAGUUCUGCAGUCUGUGUGGCUGGAGGUCCUGGUGCUCGGCGUGGCUUACCGUUCUCUGGGCUGUGAGGAUGAGGUGGUGUUUGCUGAGGACUUUGUGCUGGAUGAGGAGAUGUCGCGUGUGGCCGGCCUGACUGAGCUCAAUGCUGCCAUCUGUCAGCUGGCACGCCGUUUCAGAGCCCUGCAGUUGGAUCGUGAGGAGUUUGUCAUGCUCAAGGCCAUCGCUCUCACAAACUCAGACUCUGUGUACAUCGAGGACAUAGAGGCCGUACAGAAGUUACGGGAUCUUCUACACCAGGCACUUUUGGAGUUAGAGGUGCAGCAGCGUCCAGACGACCCUCAGCGAGCAGGCCGCCUCCUCCUCACGCUGCCGCUCCUCCGGCAGACUGCCAACCGCGCUCUCACCACUUUCUACAGCAUCAAGACCCGUGGUGGAGUGCCCAUGCACAAACUCUUUCUGGAGAUGCUGGAGGCCAUGAUGGACUCGCCCUAGCGAGGAGCUGGACGAAAGUUGGAGUGAGGAACGAGUGAGGAAAAGACUCAGCUGUAGAAGGCAUGACUAGUCAUUUUUUGAUGAUAAUAUGACAAAGCUUUCUUUGUCACAAAAAAAGAAGCGCAAGGGCUGAAAGAGGGAUAUUUCUUUUCAUAGUGGAACUGAAUGAGGUCUGAUACGUCUCUUCAAAAGGAAUCCACGUGUGAAACCAUAGCUUCGAGGGGUCAUAUAUAACUUGAGGUACUUAUACUGAAUAGCUGGAUUUUCGUUUUAGGAUGGAAGGAUAUCUUAAACCACAACGUUUUGUGGGAGUAAUUUGCGCCCAAAAGUCAAUAUAAGCAAAAUGAGCUGGUGGACCGUUCACCGCGCUGUUAAUAAUUACUCUUAUCGUGCAGCUUCCUUUAGAUUUAAUCCACAGAUGUUUAGAAAAGACCUUCCAUCAGUGUUACCUUAGGGGCAGUGAUGUGUCAAGGGUAAAGAAAAACUCUUUUGCAACCUUCUUAAGAUUAUAGUAGUAUGGCUGGUUAUUUCAAUUGGUCAUAAAUAGCUCCCUCUUGUGGAACUGUAGAUAAGCCAUAGAAAUUGCCACAUCACUGAAUAUCCACUCAUUCUAGCAGGCAAUCGUUUAAAAAAAAAAAAAAAAAGACAAUGUUUAACCUACUUCCAAUCCCACUAUCCUGCUUUCCUUCUCGCUCAUCAGAUUCAUCUGCAGCAGUUUAAAAAAAGUACUUGCUGAUAUACGCAAGCACUGCAUUUAUUCUCCCAACAACAAUACUUUGUAGGACCUUAAAAUAUGCAAGACAUAUAAUGGAUUUUGGACUGUCAAAUGCAGAGUGAUCAGAGGCAUAAAACGUGUGUACACAGUGUUACUUAUAAAAACGUACUUUCAGCUGCAGCAAACGUUUUGAAGUGUACAAGUAAACUGAAUACACUGGCACGUGCUACACUACCAGAAAUAUCGUAUGUGUUCUAACAUGCAAUAUAUUUUGAAGCAAUAUGUGCGAUCACACUCAGAAAAAGUAGGACAAGUCAUGCUCUUGUCUCAGCAGAGGGGGGCGUUGCUGACUUGGCACGGUCAAGCCUUUUGUUCAGUUGAAAUUUAAGUGUUGUCGCCUGUAGUUGCACAGCAAAGGCAAAGGGGUACACAAAGGGAAUGCUGUCAAAUAGAACUGCAAAAGAGAGUAAUGCACUCUUGGAUUUUCUGCUAAUUUCAUUUGUUCUAUAGACAAACAACCAGAACAUCUUUGUAUGCGUGUGAGCGUGUAUGUCUCUGUGUGCGUUUCUUCACAGUUUGUGUGUCAGAGCUAAUUGAUGAUGGUGCAUUUAGAUCAGGGUAAAAUGAGCAACCUCAGCCUCUGUAGGCCAGCUGGUUCUGUACUUUUGAGCUUGCUGCCGGAGAGGAGGAGAGAGGGUUUUUUUUUUGUUGAUGUUUUAUUUUUUUAUGUAAUCCACUUGAAAAGACUGAGCAGGAACUCCUCUUCAGAGAGAAGUGAAGCGAAAGAUUGAGGUUCAGCUUGUUGUCGAUGUUCUUCAGGUGACCAAUAGCGUAUUAUUAUUAUUAUUAUUAUUAUUAUUAUUAUUAUUAUUAUUAUUAUUACUACACUGGCCAUCAGUGCAGGAGACAACACAGAGACUGCUUGUGGGCCAGCUAAUAAUGCUGGUUGAGUUAGUUGUUCUGCUGAAAGUUUAAAACUCAAACACAAAUGACGCCUCUGCAUCCUUCAACCCUGGAGAGACUGAGAAGGAAUGGAGUAUUUUCUCCGGAGAAGAUCGGGGGGAAAAAACUAAUUUGAACUCUUACCACUGACAUGGACGCAGUAGAUGGCCGUCAUUGGUCAGCUUGAACUGGGAGGACUGCAAGCCUCAACUUUGGUUUGAUACAACAUAAAGAGCCUCACAAUACAUGGUCAAAAACGAGCCCUCUCAGCCUGAGACCAUUCUUUUACUAUUUUUAGACUUGUACAAUUUUUAGUUUUGUUCUUGGUUCACUGCUGUUUAGGGCCGUUUUUAGAUUGUUUGCGGACGUUUGUCUCGUAUUAUAUGCAAUCAUAUUAAGAGCCCUGCAACUCUGCUACCUUUUUUGUUGUUGUUUUUUUUUUCUUUUUAUUUAUUGUUCGCAAUCAAAAACUCGAGGAGGAAAAAAAAGCCAAUUGCCGUCCAGGCCAAGGCAGAAUAAAUAAUAUUAUCGAACCACUGAUAAACAGUUUUCAGACCUAUGUCAAAGUACAAUGUGUCUUCAGGGUGCUUUUCACUGUAUGUUUGUAGCAAUGAUUGUAUGUGCUCAUUAAGAAUGGUACAAAUGGUACAACUUUACACUUAUUGCAGGUAUAAAGAAGGUGGCAUCCUGUUCACAGAUGAUUUCUAGUUAAGGGCAGUAAUCGAACUGUCAUUAGGAAAUCUCUAUUAAUAAAACCACUGUCACAGUCAGCAGUAAGCUUAAUCUUGGUCUGAGAAUAACCAGCCCAUGGGAAAUUGUGUAAGCAAUAGGUGCAUGAAGGUUUGACCCGCUAACAUGAGCUUCUUUUCUUGUUUGUGGUCUGUCAUGUUUUAGCUGAUUUGAACAUAGACUUUCCGUAUGUUACACAAGGCCUCAGGUUUGGUACCGAAAUAAAGCAAUCUUUUUGGUUGAAUGUUGUUAAAUGUUAGUUUUUUCUGUUUUUGUUUCUUUGUAAUUUUACAAAAAUAAGUGAUCCACUCACUUGUCUGUGAAAACUAACAUAGCUAAAUGAAACAGAAAGCCAGGGACAGAUAUUAAAUGUCUUUUUAUGAGGAAAUAAUAAUACUUUUGUGCAAAUUUCAGGCCCUCAGUAUAAGUGGUGGUGAGUAAAGUCACAAUUUCUGCAAACUGAGUCAGAAUUGGCAGGACUUCAUGCAGUAAGCCAGCAUGUCAGCUAAACAAAUCAACACUAAAAGCUUUUUAGUUUGUUUAAAAUGUUUCCCUACGUUUUGUUCUGAUCAAUUGUCUCUCUGUCAGUGGUUCUCGGGAUGUCACGGAAUGUGUACAUAACCAUGGAUGUCUGGGUCCAUUCAAAGAAAGUUGUAUAAAAAAAAUAAAAAACAAAAUGUCAAUGUUUGUGUCAAUAAUUAUAAUAACAAUAGCAAAUAUAAUAAUUAUAUUACAGUAGUGUUUUCAUAACGAUCAGCAUCAUAUGAUGCCAUUUUGUCAUUGUCAACAUAUUAGAUGAGAUUUUGGGGCAUCACAUGAUCUAGAGAUCAUUUAAGGUCAUGGGUAGCUGUUAGUGUGUCUGUAUAUUUAUGUAAAUGAGCAAUACAAGACUUUACCAAAACUAUGUUUUCACAUUUCUCUGUAUAGUGACAUACUAUAAAUCAAACCUCAGCUGUAAUAACAAUAACAAUCCAUAGAAAUAAUAAAGCUUAUAAUAAGUUAAAGAACAAAUCAAUGUUUGUAUUUUAAAAAAUAUUGUAUUUAAAAAGAGUAAAUUCUAUUUUUUACUCAAUUUGCUGAUGUUUAAUAAUAUUAUUUUAUUUUUUCUUUUUGUGUGUGAGUUUCAGUCUAAUGAUUGUGAAUGUCUCUGUGUGCUGUUCUUUUUUUGUAAAGCUCAAUAGUUUCGCAGUAGUGACUAUAUUUCAACAACUUGUUCAUAUUGAAUCACUGUGAUGGAAAAGGCAAACACUAAAACACCACAGGAAUAUAGGGGUAUUUUAAGAUAUUGUUGGUGUCUUGUGUUUUGUAAUAAAUUAACACACAUCAGUA